AUGACCGCUCUCCUUAAAUUUCUCUUCAGCUUCUCUUUUCUUGUUCCUCACCUCUUGGCGCAAAACCAUACGCAGUGCGUAGAUAACGGAUCAGACUGGUAUACGAGUGUCACAGGGGAGACACCGUGCCGAACGUAUGAACGGUUACGCAAGAUAUGCAAUAGCAAUUAUGCCGUGGGCGCCUUGAAUCCCAAGACUCCUCCGGAUACAUGCGACGACCAAGUUGCUGACUGUUGUUGCAAUUCGAUCGCGUUCGGUCUUAGUAUGCUGUGUCUGACAUGCCAACAAGGUAUAGGGUCCAGUGGCAACGGCAUCGACGCCGGCGUCGGCGCAUAUCAGCUAUAUCUAAUGCACGGAACAAACUCGUUCUGCACCCCCAAUACUAACAGAUCAUUCACGAAUGACAUACAAACAGCGGUGUGCAACAAUGACAUAAAGAUCCAUCAUACCCUCUAUGGCGUAUUUUGGGGCGAUGGAUCAUGGUAUGUUAGGGUUCCAUUGCAUUGGUUCGAGGACAUAGUCUGA